AGAAAGUUGAAGAAGAAUAACAAAUUAACCUUAAAUGUGUAUUUUUAUUUAUGCAUAACUGUUUUAAAAAAAGAUACGCAUAGGCAAUAAUUGGGCGAUUUUCGUUACCGUCCGUGAUGAAAUCGCUCGUAACACAAGCGCCCGUAGUAUGGAAAGUCCUAAAAGGUUUGGUGUGCGUUUAUAAACCCGCCCAGACUUCGGUAAAGGCGCUUAGGCUAGUUUUAAUAAAAAAACUUGUAGACGAAUUAAACGAGUUGGAAUGCCGGCCGCCGCGCGAUUACAUAGAAAUACAAGGUGAUCCCGAGGGGCAGCACAAGGUCGUUGUGAGGCCAAGUUAUGCGGACCAUCCGUUGGUUGUAGGGCCCCGAUACCAAGAACAAGACCUCCCAGUCAGUUGGUCGAACUAUUUGGGAUUUAACACAAGCGGGGUGUUGAUUUUUGGGAUAAAAUCCGGCACUCUGAAAGCGAAAUAUCUGCGCGAGAACAGGUCCACGCGUGCUUACAGAAUCAGCGGCGUUUUUGGCCAGGCCACUGAUGACUGUUUUAAAACGGGAAAAGUGGUAGAACGAUCGACGUGGAGGCACGUAAAAAGGAGUCACAUGGAUCAUUUGCUGAGCUCCAUGCAAUCAUCGCAUCAAAAAAAAAUGUUUGAAAUAUGCGGGGUCGACAUGCAGUCCCAAACGGCUUACGAACUGGCCUCUCAGGGCCUCAUAAGGCCCGCCAAUUCGAAACUGCCAGUGAUUUACGGCAUGAAAUGCGUGGAAUUUGGUGGCCCGCAGCUGCCACAUUUCGCGAUAGAAAUUCAAUGCAUCAACGAGUACGAGUCUUACUUGACGGGUUUGGUGCAUGAGAUUGGCUUGAAGAUGCACUCGACCGCUCAUUGUACAGGUAUCCAGUGCAUACGACACAGCCGAUUCACCCUAGAAGACGCGCUGCUAAUGAAGCACUGGACACUGCAAGCAGUUAUCGACAACAUUCAAAGAAAUAACAAAAUUCUGAAGGAAUUCGGGGGUGUUUUGAAACAACAAAGCGCGAGUUUGGUGGGCUGACCUAUAAAAUAAAAUUUUAUUACUUGAA